AUGGCGUUACAGAACGAGGACAAGAACAAUGAAGAAAACAAAAAGGGAAAGAAGUGGCAGAAGACUUACUUUGAUGUUUUGGGAAUCUGUUGUCCAUCGGAAAUUCCUCUGAUCGUGAAUAUUCUCAAGUCUCUCGACGGCAUUAAAGAAUAUUCUGUUAUCGUUCCCACGAGAACGGUGAUCGUUGUCCACGACAGCCUCCUCAUCUCUCCGGCCCAAAUUGCCAAGGCACUGAACCAAGCUAGGUUAGAAGCCAACGUGAAAGUAGACGGCAAGACCAGUUUCAAGAAUAAAUUGCCAAGCCCCUUCGCGGUGCUUUCCGGCAUACUCCUCCUCCUCUCCUUUUUCAAAUUUGUCUACUCGCCUUGUCGUUGGAUUGCUGUCGCGGCCGUAGCCGCCGGUAUUUAUCCGAUUCUUGCCAAAGCCGUUACUUCUAUAAGAGGGCUCAGGGUCGACAUCAACAUCCUGAUCAUUAUAACUGUGGCUGCAACACUUGCAAUGCAAGAUUACAUGGAGGCUGCAGCAGUUGUGUUCUUAUUCACCAUAUCUGAAUGGCUCGAAACAAGAGCUAGCUACAAGGCGAAUGCGGUUAUGCAGUCUCUAAUGAGCUUAGCUCCACAGACUGCAAUAAUAGCAGAGACUGGGGAAGAAGUUGAAGUAGAUGAUGUUAAGGUUAACACAAUUGUAGCAGUUAAAGCUGGUGAAACCAUACCAAUUGAUGGAACUGUGGUUGAUGGAAACUGUGAAGUAGACGAAAAAACCUUAACGGGUGAAGCAUUUCCGGUGCCUAAACAGAAAGAUUCUACGGUUUGGGCCGGAACCAUCAAUCUAAAUGGUAAUGUUACAUUCUUAACUACAAAUGCUUCAAGCUUUGACCUUAUCUUUGUAUCUUUCACUCUUUAG